AUGACGGAUUCGCAAGAAAAUAAAACAUGUCCGACGAGAAAACCGCCGGUAUAUCAAGCAGAUAAAGAGGAACUGGCAAAGUUCGCGGCAAACGCCGAUAUCUUACCUCUGUAUGAAAAGUCAACAAUGAAGUACAUCUUUCGCAACCAUUACUCUUUGAAAAAUAAUGAUUACCUGCAAUGUGCCUGGACUACAUUUAAGGAUAACAUUAGUUCAAGAGUCGUUGCGCCCAUCGAGUUGCCUGGUCAAGGCGAUCUACAUUUUCACAAUCAAGCCGUGUACUUAUUUAUAGACUCUGAAGGCUUGAGUUGUAACUCAAGCCUUCAGAGUCUAUAA